AUAUCCAAAACCGGCUGAAAAGUCGAAGACUCAGUCGCUCACACACAAACCAGAACAAAACCAGCCGGCCGGCCGUGCCCGCCGCCGAUGGACGCCGAUGACCGGAGCGCCCCGCUGCUGGGAAACGGCACCGGCCGCGUCGCCCGGACGCCCUCGCUGCGGCGCCGCGACUCGGCGCGGUCGCUGCGCAGCAGCUUCCUGUCGCGGCUGCCCGACAAGAUGCGCACCGAGCUGGACCCGGAGCGCGCCGCCGACGUCGACGUCGCCCGCGUCAAGGACCUCUCCCAAGGUGAGAGGGACUACUACAACAAGCAGCUCGCCACGCUGAAGACAUUCGAGGAGGUGGAGGCCCUGUGCAUGCCCGGAGAGUUCGACUCCGAUGACGAUACCGACGCCGCCGGCGCCGCCGAGGACCGCGAGGAGAAGGAGAGCGAGUUCGCCAUGAAGAUAUCCAACUACGCCAAUGUCGUCCUCCUGGCCUUCAAGGUUUAUGCGACGAUCAGGACGGGUUCCAUAGCGAUUGCGGCGUCCACGCUUGACUCGUUGCUGGAUUUGAUGGCUGGCGGCAUCCUCUGGUUCACGCAUAUCUCCAUGAAGAAGGUGAACAUAUACAAGUACCCCAUCGGAAAACUGCGUGUGCAGCCGGUCGGGAUCAUCGUCUUCGCCGCUAUCAUGGCCACUCUAGGUUUCCAGGUCCUGAUCCAAGCUAUAGAGCAGCUGGUGGAGAACAACCCUGGCGAUAAGAUGACGACGGAGCAGCUCAUAUGGUUGUACUCCAUCAUGCUCUCGGCGACUGCUGUCAAGCUUGCUCUCUGGUUUUACUGCAGGAGCUCAGGGAAUAGCAUUGUCCGGGCAUACGCAAAGGACCACUAUUUCGAUGUGAUAACCAACGUUGUUGGGCUGGUGGCUGCUGUUCUGGGAGACAAGUUCUUCUGGUGGAUUGACCCUGCAGGAGCCGUGCUUCUUGCGGUGUAUACCAUAACAAACUGGUCCGGAACUGUAAUUGAACAUGCAGUUACGCUGGUGGGGCAGAGUGCUCCUCCGGAGAUGUUGCAGAUGUUGACAUACCUCGCCAUGAAGCACGACGCCCGGGUGCAGCGGGUCGACACGGUCCGGGCUUACAGCUUCGGCGCCCUCUAUUUUGUCGAGGUGGACAUCGAACUCUCCGAGGAUAUGCGGCUAAGAGAGGCUCACGCCAUUGGGGAGUCGCUGCAGGAGAGGAUCGAGAAACUGCCAGAGGUCGAACGGGCAUUUGUUCAUGUGGAUUUCGAGAGCACUCACAAGCCGGAGCACACGGUCCGGAGCAGGCUGCCAGCAUCGGAACCCUGAUGAUGCCUCCAACUCCAACAAAUACCUGUUCUUGUACAGUGAAAAUAUACUGGUAAAGUUAUACGGUGCUGUUAUCGGUUUUUUUUUUUUCGGCACAGGAACCAAGCUGUAUGGAAUAUAGAUGUCUUGGUGGAAUAAUACAGGAUUCACCAUUUUUGGGAAGCCUUAGGCUUAAUCCUUGUAUGUUUUCCUUUUCAGAAUGAUUGAUAUAUGCAUAUGCGUAUGCGUAUGCAGUACAGACUGUACGGUUGUCUACUGCUUGAUAAUACAUGACUCGCCAUUUUGGGGAA